UCAUCACUCACACACAUUUUCCUCUCUGUGUCGACUAUAUGGGAAAUACAGUACCUCUUUGGCAUAUAAACACAAUUUUAACGAGUUUUAUUUUCCAUCUUUUGUUGUUUAAAGCUCAUCUGAUGAUGUGUUUGUUUGGUAGUAGUGAGAGUAGAUUUGGUUUUAAUAGUGUAUGUUACAGCCAUCAGAAUAAACGUACAGUAACUGCCACCAGACACGAGAUCUAUACAUGCAAAUUAGUGUAAAUCCCCGGAUUUUUUUUUUUUUUAUUCACUAUUCCAACUUCUUGGAUCCAGUUUUGAUGAGGUAGGCCCCUGUUUGUAGGGGAUCAUCUUCCCCUUGGCUGUCUGCGGGUGUCUGUCGAGUAGAAGACCAACACUUCCUGUUUCCUGAAGCCCUGUCUUCUGGAUCAAGUUUAUAAAAAGCAGUCCCGUUUGUUUUCGGGUGAGGGGGGAAGUGAAGGGGCCAGAAUCCCAGCUUGUCCUGUUUCCCAGGCAAUGAAGCUGCAGGCGGUGAUGGAGAACCUGCACAGACAGCAGAGAGCCAAACUGCUGAUGGAGCAGGCGGGGCAAUCACACAGCCCCGCCCCCAUGGGGGAGGAGCUUAAAUCAAUCUCUGCCUCUGAUACAGAGCAGGCGCAGAUGGCGGCGCUAGCAGCAAUGCGCGCAGUAGCAGCUGGACUUCAGAGGGCCGACAGCCCCAUGUCUGAACGCAGCAGCGGAGGAGAUGAAGAUGAUGAAGAGGAGGAUGAAGAGGAAGGGGAGGAGCAAUACAAAGAUAUGAUGGGGUCUGAGGAGGAAGAGCAGAUAAAACAGAAAUGGGAUGAAGAUGACUUUGAGGGUGAGAUGGAGGAAGACUAUGAUGACGAUCUAGGUGACGAAGGGCUGCCGUCGGGCCGUGAGGCCGUCGCCCCAGGCAGAGGCAUCCUCCUCUUACCCCAUCGCCAUUUACACCCUCACUCCCAGCUGCUAAAGGCUCGGCCUGGUUCUGAAACAGAACCGCGAGCGUUGACUCACUCCGCUCAUUCAUCCCAUGGGCCGCUCCAUGGGCAGGACCACGCAGACUGGACCUAUGAAGAGCAGUUCAGACAGCUCUAUGAACUGGACAGUGACCCAAAUAGGAAGGAGUUCCUGGACGAUCUGUUCAGCUUUAUGCAGAAGAGAGGGACGCCAGUGAACAGGAUUCCCAUCAUGGCCAAGCAGGUGCUAGACCUCUACAUGCUGUACCAACUGGUGACAGAGAAGGGGGGGCUGGUGGAGGUCAUAAAUAAAAAGUUGUGGAGGGAGAUCACGAAGGGCCUGAACUUGCCAACCUCCAUCACAAGCGCUGCCUUCACUCUCAGAACACAAUAUAUGAAGUAUCUGUAUCCUUAUGAAUGCGAUAAGAGGGGUCUCAGCAAUCCAAACGAGCUGCAGGCUGCCAUCGACAGUAACCGGCGAGAGGGACGCAGGCAAGGUUUUGGCAGCUCGCUCUUCACCUACUCGCCCAAUGGAACACCCACCAUGCUCUCCUCUCCCAAACUCUCCAUGCCACCAAUGGGCAUCGCCCUGCCCAGCAACGGAGCCUCCGUCUUAUCCUUACAGAAAAUUAAAAAAGAGGAUGACGGGAUUCAGACUCGUCUGCCAGCGUCUCUGGCCACUCAGACAGUAGCUGCGGCCCAGGCUGCGGCUGCACAGGCCACCAUCGCACAGGUAGCUGCACUGGAGCAGCUGCGGGACAAGCUGGAGUCCGGCGAGCCCCCGGAGAAGAAGAUUGCACUACCACUGGAGGAACACCAGCGGCUACUGCAGAGAGCCCUGCAGCAAAACCUGCUGGCCAUGACGGCACAGAUCCCCAUGAACAUUCGCAUCAACAAUCAAGAGAGCAGACCAGACUCUGCCAUGAACUUGACUACCAAUGGCCUAAACAGCAUCAGCAUGUCUUUGGAGCUUAAUGGUGUCGUCUACACCGGUGUUCUCUUCGCCCAGGCCGCGGCACAGACCUCAUCGGGGGCAUCUAACAAAUCUUCCGCAGGCAACAGCGGGCCUCAAUCAGUUCUGCACACACCUACCUCAUCCUCCUCCAACAACCAAUCGCCUUAGCACCUCAGACUGUCUCCCUCAAAGCAAAACCAAAACCUCAGUUACUACAGAAGAUAUGCCAAAAAAUAGUGCAGGAAUAACUGAACCGUUCUCAACUUGAAGUACACUAGCUCAGGUCUUUUAUUUACACUCUCCUUUGUUCAGGAGUCGAAAGAAAUCUAAAAUAACAACAGAGUUUAUUAUAAAGAUAAUGAUAUAUAAUGUAUAUGCAAAACCUGUGAAUAAUUUAUUUCUCUUUCUGUGAGCACACUGUCUGGCGUUAACAAGGCAGUAGGAUUCUGCUUUUUAGGGUUUUAUAGUCUCUGACUGACGAAAGCUUUUCAUCUAUAAGCAAAACCAUAACAAUAGUAGUAUUGUUAUAACGUGUGAUGCAAACAGCUUAAGGGUCUGAACUAAUAAUAUAUUAUUAUAGAUUUUAUUUUCUCUGUGUAUGUAUCUGCAGUGCCUUGUGAAGGUUUUUCCUCCACACAGUUUGAAUGUGCUGUUGACAGGCGAGCAUCUAAACUUCAGCACUAAUACAAUACAAUACAAAUUGAUGUGAAUUUUUUUUUUUUUUUUUUGACAUUGCAAGUAUUCAACCAUUUGGUUUCCCAUCUCAGAGGUCAGAUGGUGACAAUGAUCUUAAUAUCAGUCAGUGAACAUUCAUGUAAAAAAAAAAACAUAGGCAUGCAUUUGUAGAUGUGUAUACUUGCAUUCAUAAAGUUUUCAUUAUUCAUGUUUUUUUUUUAUGUUUGCCUUUUCACGUCUCGUGGCAAACUCUGCAGGCCUCAUUCUCCAUGAGCCUCGCAAAGGUGGCUGAGGUAUUUCAGGGAACAAAUGAUGUUACCUGGAACUGCCACAGCCCACAAACUCUAUUGGCCCAUAGUUGCUCCAACGUAGAAGUGUAAAGAGUUCAGAUGUUGUUUUACUUGUUAAUUUGUUGAGCUUUCACUCAGAUCAGUGGUUUGGAUGAAAAUAAUCACAGUUUGACUCAAAGCAUGGCAGUAUAAUAAUACGUUCGUCUUUUAGAUUUGAACAAACGAUUCAUCUUGUGUUUGAUUACUACACUAACUGGAAAUUUAGUUUGUCACUUCAUCAGGCCUUUUAGCUUAAUGUAAUGCAGUUUUGAGUGUUAUUGAGGGGUCCAACGAUGUAGCUUUUGCUUCAUCACGCAGGGCAGUUUCUGGUUAAGUAAUUUUAACAAAAAGAAGAAAAAAAAACAGCGCAAAUCAGAGAAAAUUCUAAUUACAAUGCGAUGUUUUGAACGUGCAAAGUGUCUUGAGCAGAAUGAAAUAUUCUCUUCUAAAGGGAUUUGCUUUCCUUUGAUUAGAAAUAUUAGAUCACACCCUUCAAAGUUGUUUUUAAUCAUGCCAUCAACUGUUCUGGACCGUAAGAAGGUCUUUUUCCUGUAAAAAGUAAUACGCUGUAUCUACUCCAUAAAAUUUUGGCAAAAGAUUACAAGCAAUAUUACUAAUUAAAUUCAACAAAUAGAAUUGAGUUAGAAUUAGUCAAAUUAAUUCCUUAAAUGUCAACCAUUUAAAACGAGUAAAAUUUAAACACAAAUAUCUGAAUAACAGACAGACGUCAAAGAUGAAUUAAGUACUUUAUUUUUUUUAUUGCCAACAUUGAAGACACCUGAUGAUAACGAGCAGAAUCACUGAAGGAAAGAGAAACACAUGAAUUAACAGAGGUUUAGAUGUUGAUGUUAUUGAAAAUAUUUGGUCGCCAUUAUGGUGAUCAGUGUUUCAUUUAGUUGGGCAGUUUGACUCUUUGCUUUUUAUGUCAGUUUGGGGUUUUUGUAAUGGUGUUUGCUAAUUUUACACAUUUUAAAUGGCUGACUUUUAAGGAAUUAAUUUGAUUAAUUCUAACUCAAUUCUUAUAUGUUGAAUUUAAUUAAUAAUAUUGCUUGUAAUCUGUUGCCACAAUUUUGAGUAGAUAGAGCGUUUGACUUUUUACAGUGUACAUGUAGCUGCAAUUUAUGAAUUAUGUCAAGCUCUUCUAGCAUUACACUGUAUGCAAGGUCAAAAAACUCACUUGGUGGGCAUCUAGGGGUAACACUUUCUUUUGACUUACACAAACAUAGUCGUCUAGCAACUACUGUCUUAGCUGUUAUGAAGGUGAAUAAUUUAUUUUGCAUUUCAAGUUAGUUGAGUGUUUGGAAAAUAGGGUUUUGAUAAGCUUAAAGCUUUAUUUAUAUCCAAAACAGCUUGCAGGUACAGAUUAAUGAAGGUAAAUGCCUUGAUCCUUUUGUUUGGGAUCAAACUUGCAGCCUUUGCUUUCACAGCUGAGAUCCUUAACCGUCAAGCUAUCACAUCCUCUUUUUCUUGUUUUAAUGCUCACUCUUGAACCCUUUAUUAUUCACAAGGACCAUAGCUGCUGUACAGGAAACAGUAUAGGAAAUGUUACCGUUUCUGUCUGUAUUGUAUAACUGUACAUAUUAUUUUUUUCUAUUUAUAUCAGGACAACUCAUUAUCAUAACACACUUUAAAGUCAUUACUGCCAAAUCUCUACCUCAAAGACUCAUUCAUCAGCUAAGAAUCGUUUGCAAGCCUUCCCAGUUUGUCACUUUUCACAUGGAUUUACCUGCUGUCAAGUAGAACAGGGCAUACAUACCCCUUUUUAUUCAGUGAAUUUGAAUAUAUAUUAGCCAUGAUAUCCUUAAAGCCCCUUCUUACUCGUAAUUGUGAAAACGCCACAUUGGGAUCAUGGCAUUUUUCUUCGAUGCUUAUCUUUCUGUUUUGUCUGCCAGCCUGACUUUUAGAAUCGAAUCCUCAACUUUUACCAUUAUCAUGUAACAGUAGUUCUUUAUUGUAAUGGCCUUUACCCAGUGUUUUCCGAUCAGAGAUGCUGGGGUUUUUUUUCCUUAGGAAACAGUACUGUUACUACACAGAGUAAGACAGAUACACAUAACACCCGUUUAAAGCAGUUGGUAUCCAUAAGAUGGGUGUCAGAUCUGUUUUCACUUUGAUGUAUGCCUUGAAGUAUGCAAAUUUUAAAAAGUAAAUAUAGCAUGCUAAUGUAGUCAACUUUAUUGCAAGGACAACCAAAAUUGCUGUACAAUAAAACUUCGCUAUUAUUGCAGGAUGCCUUAUUCUUUGAUAUUUCUUUGUUAGCUUUUCUCUUUACAACUUAAUGUUACACUAAAAAUCGAGCAAUUCACUUGUCCAAUACAUAGACAGCUGUGAAACUUAGGUUUUACAUUAUAAUAAGGCAUUUGUCGUCUUCUCAGGAAAUACAAUUCUACCUCUAGUUAUACAGAUAUGUUCAUCUUAGUGCUGUGGUCACAGUGCAUGUAACAUUUAUUUUACCCUUUUAUAAUGGUAAUGGUAAAUGUUUCCCUUGGCACACUGACUCAAGGAUUUUUAUUAAUUGCAAGUAUAUUAUGUUUUUUUUUUUUUUUUUUUUUUUUUUUUUAAAUCUCAGUAUCCCUUUCUUAUGUGAGUGCUUUUGAGUUUUGGCUUGCUUAGUUUGAAUCUGAAAUUGCUCCUCGGAGAGACCAGCUUUUGGUUACGGUGCUGAACGUACCACUGAUGCACCAGUCUGUGUAUUUCCACUUGUGCGUUUUUAAAACGUUUGAAUUGCGUGUCGACCUCUUGACUGCUUCUAUUAGGGGUGAAGGACAAAGACAAUCCUAACCCAUUUAAUCUAUCUAUUGAUAUGUAACUGGGGGAAAGGGGAACCAAAGAAUGUCACAUAAGUGCUGUUUUGGCCAGAAUAUUAUGGAUUGAAAAUACUCUAUAACCUAGAAAAUCAUCACACAACAACUGUACCUCUCUCAGUCUGAAUACUGAAAACCCGGAUAAUGACAAAAAAAAGGACCUCAACACAUAUUCAAAACAAAAUGCAGUUAACAGAUGAAAUUGAAUUUUUCUUUUUUAACUGAAGUUAUUUGCCUUUUUUUAUAUGUUGUAAUGUAAUGGUAAUUCUGGCGCUUCAGUUUGGGUGUGUCUGUUUUUUUGUUGUUCAGUACGUUAUUGCCCUGUUUAAAAGAGAAAGUUCAUGUUGAUGAGUUUUGUUGUUUCAGAGUUUGCAAAAUGUACUCUCAACGUUUACAUUUUAUAAUUGUCAAGCAUCAGAUUUUUCAAUGUUUGAUUUUUUUCAAAAUUGAGAUCUUCAGCUGUUAACAUAGACGUUGAAUACAAUAAAAUGUAAUUCUGAUGUAA